GUAUACGACGACCACGACGGUCUAUACUUUCUAUCUGUAGAUGGCUCUCCUGGACCCCAGCAGUGGCCACAGAGAGCCAGGCAGCAGCAGCGGGAGUAGAGCCAGAACUAGUAUACCCGGCCAGUUCUCACAAGACGAUUUCACACAGCACAGGAGUCAGUUUUUUGAGGCGAAGUAUGGGCGUUCUCCUCUUGGUGCUGUUGUACGCGGCCUCCACCAGGGCUGCUAAGACAUACACCAUCACCACCACCUGGAACGGGGGAGCCAUCGACCAUAAGCCCGUGCAGUUGACGCUCUCCCCCAGCAGCGACCAGCAGUACCUGGAGUUGAGUAUUGAUGCCCCCUUCUUCAACGACCCCCCAUCGCCCCCAGGACCUGCAGGACAAGCAUUCUAUGGACUUUGGAAUUAUGAAGUGGUGGAGGCGUUCUUCCUUAACGAUGACAACCAGUACUUGGAGGUGGAGGUGUGCCCGUGGGGGCAACACAUUGUACUGAUGUUGAGUGAACAGAGGGUCACUAUCCGUCACUCGUUGCCUCUGGAGGUCACCACCCAGAGGAACCCCACAACCAAAUCCUGGACUGGCCUGGCCAAGAUUCCCAUCACCUAUUUACCUCCUACAGUGACAAAGUUCAAUGCAUACGCUAUCCAUGGAUCAGGCAAGGACCGAAUGUACGAGAGCCUCUACCCAGCUCCGGAAAAUGCAUCCAACCCAGACUUCCAUGCCCUCCAGUACUUCCAGCCAAUCAACAUGUCAGAACUACUCCCAGACCAACCCAAUGCUCCCAUGAGUGAACUCUGGGAAGAUGCUCUGCAGGGAGUGUUCCCGUACAAUAUUACAACAACAUGGAACAACUUGCCUGUGCCCAACACUCCAGUCCAGUUUACUCUCCAGGGCUUCCAGGCUGGAGUGGAGUUGAACGUGACGGCUCCCUUUUACAACGACCCUGCCCCUAAUGGUACUGCAGGCCAGCCAUUCUAUGGUCUGUGGGAUUAUGAAGUGGUGGAGAUGUUCUUCCUAAACGACAACGACGAGUACCUGGAGGUGGAGUUGGGACCCUGGGGCGAACACCUUCUGCUUCUCUUAAAGGGAGAAAGGAAUACCAUCAAGCACUCCCUCCCUCUUGAUUUCCUUGUCACAGAGAGAACCAUGCCCAUUGAAAAUAAGCCAGGUAUAUGGAAAGGGUCAGCCAUGAUCCCCCCAGGUUACUUCCCACCCAAUGUGACGCGCAUGAAUGCGUACGCCAUCCACGGUGUAGAUGAUGCCAGGGACUACCAGGCCCUCCAUCCCGCCCCCAACAAUGACCCAGACUACCCUCAGCCCGACUUCCACCGACUCAGUCUCUUCAGGGCCAUCGACUUUGAGUUCCAAUUGUCGAACAACAGUGAAUAUUCAGAUGUGUGGCUGGACGCGAUGGCCUCCAGUAGCACCACGAUCUCGCCGGAGUUUGAGACUGAGGCGGCGAUGGAAACUGUAACACUUUUGGGGCUAGCUGAAACUACGCCCGAACCAACUCCAACCCCAACAACACCUCCCCAACAAGAGGAGGAACCUGUGAACAAGACUGUAUUCAGGCAAGAUGCAGCAACAAUAAGAAGAAGGCAUCGGCCUCAGCCUCAGAGGGUGUUGAGCACUGAUAUCCGUGGCCAGCGUCGGGAUGAGGAUCACCUGUCUACACAGACAUCUCGUCAAGGACCUCGUCCAGUACCAACACCCCAACGUGUCACGUCCGGUAUUGACCAGUUCCAGCGUCGUCGGCUGCAGCAGCCUGGAGUUCAGCCCCCAAGUCAAAGUCUCACAGAGGGCCAACAAAUCACACCUCAAAAUGAGCAGGAAUCUGGUCAGGUGUUCCAGGAUAAAAGAUUUUCACAACAUCAACAAACUGAAAUCCCCCAAAAGUUCUCUCAAGGUGAUCCACAUUUCCAAGAAGAAAGAUUCCCGCAGCAGACACCUCAGUUCCAGGAUCAAAGGCAGUCUUCUCAAGGGGAAUCACCAUCCCAUGACCAGAGAUUCUCACAACAAGCACCGAAUUUGCAAAAUGAAAGACCCCGUGAAGAGCACCCAGAGAUACCCAACCAACAUUUCCAGCAACAGGUCCCUGACCGUAGAUUCCAGCUACAAGGUCAACAGGCCCCUAACCAAAGAGUCCAACAAGAAGGUCAACAGGUCCCUGACCAAAGAUUCCAGCUACAAGGUCAACAGGUCCCUGACCAACGAUUCCAGCAACAAGGUCAACAGGUCCAGGACCAGAGAUUCCAGCAACAAGGUCAACAGGUCCAUGACCAGAGAUUCCAGCAACAAGGUCAACAGGUCCAGGACCAGAGAUUCCAGCAACAAGGUCAACAGGUCCAGGACCAGAGAUUCCAGCAACAAGGUCAACAGGUCCAUGAUCAGAGAUUCCAGCAACAAGGUCAACAGGUCCAGGACCAGAGAUUCCAGCAACAAGAUCAACAGGUCCAGGACCAGAGAUUCCAGCAACAAGGUCAACAGGUCCAGGACCAGAGAUUCCAGCAACAAGGUCAACAGGUCAUUGAUCAGACUGAUAGUGUUCUAGGCUCAGAACCAAGUCUAACCACACUUCCAGAGAUUGACUUGGAAACAGACACCACUAUCCCUGAUGUGGAAGCUGCUAUGGAAACUUUGGCUGAGCAAACUGCUGCCUUACCACCCCCGCACCCUGUCUGUUUUGAACCAGGCCUGGUGGUUGACCAAAGUCGGUGCUACGUAUUCCAUGAGUGUGUGCUGGAGGAUGGUGUUUGGCAGAUGUAUUCUUGGAGGUGCCAAAGAGGACAUGUGUACGACCCCAUCAAUGUGGCUUGUGUCCGUGGAAGGUGCCAGAGGCGGCGUAGAGGAAGGUAAAGCCAUUGGUCAUGUUUAUGUCUGCAGAGGUUGAAUGAUGAGACAGCUGUAAUGUGAUGAUGAGAAUUGGAUUGAAUAUUACAGUACAGAGUUUGUAUUGAAGACAGUUAAAAAAAUUACUCAUUAAAGUGCCUGAAUUUUUUUGUGUGGGUUGAAGUGCCUGAUUUUGUCUCAAAGUGCCUGACUUUAUGAUUGUAUCUUUUUGUGUAUGUCUAUGUGAGAGUGGAAGCGAGGAUGUUUAAAAUAGUGUAAAAUGUGUGUCAAAUACAUAUUAGAAGGCUUUAAUUCACUGUUCUUUAUCUUGAUAAUGAUGUCGAAAUAAUGGAAAUAAGAAAUACAAGGUAGAGGAACCCUUGUUAUUUUUGUUCUUGAGUGAACAGGUUGUUAUAUGUUACAAUAAAAGUGUGAUACUGUA